GCGCCGGGGUGGACGGGGAGGGGGGGUCCCUACCGAAUCUAGAGCGGCGCGGGCAAGUGACCCCGAAGCUAGAGCUCACGGGCCGCCGGCUGGUGUGUCCGGCUGCAGAACAGACUUUCUGCGCCCGGGGAACGCACCCGGGAGGUUCCAGUCGGGUGGCUGGGAGUCGGACUCCGUCCACGGCGCAGCUGCCUCACCAUGGAGAGCGGAGCCAGCACAGCCGCCCCUCCCCGAACGCUGCCAUACUGGGUGACCUUCUCCCAGCUGCUGGGUCUGACCGUGGUGGCCAUGACAGGCGCCUGGCUUGGCCUGUACCGAGGUGGCAUCGCCUGGGAGAGCGCCCUGCAGUUCAAUGUGCACCCUCUCUGCAUGGUCAUAGGCCUGGUCUUCCUGCAGGGUGAUGCCCUGCUGGUUUACCGUGUCUUCAGGAACGAGGCCAAACGCACGACCAAAGUUCUGCACGGGCUGCUGCACGUCUCUGCCUUUGUCAUCGCCCUGGUGGGUGUGGUGGCCGUGUUCGACUACCACAGGAAGCAAGGCUAUGCCGACCUCUACAGCCUGCACAGCUGGUGUGGGAUCCUCGUGUUUGUCCUCUAUUUUGUGCAGUGGCUCGUGGGCUUCAGCUUCUUCCUGUUUCCUGGAGUUUCCUUUUCCCUGCGGAGCCGCUACCGCCCACAGCACAUCUUUUUCGGGGCCACCAUCUUCGUCUUUUCCGUGGGCACUGCCCUGCUUGGCCUGAAGGAGGCACUGCUGUUUAAACUUGGGGCCAAGUACAGCACAUUCGAGCCGGAGGGCAUCUUGGCCAAUGUGCUGGGCCUGCUGCUGGCCAGCUUCAGCGUGGCUGUGCUCUACAUCCUGACCCGCACCGACUGGAAGCGUCCUCCCCAGGCUGAAGAACAAGCCCUCUCAAUGGACUUCAAGACGCUGACCGAGGGAGACAGCCCCAGUCCGCAGUGACUUGUGUGCAGGGCGGCCUCCUCCUGGCCAGCGGGCAGGUUCUGCUGGCUCUUCAGCAGGAUCAGGGGCUCCGGGGAGAGGACCUCCUUCCUGCAGGGUGGCCGGGGAAUGGGGUACACCUGUCUUUCAGAGCUAAUUUCAGGGGGAUCGUGCUUGUCCUCCCGCUGCUCUCUCUUCUCACUGCCGCUUUAGACUAGCUCUAGUCGUCACGCAAAGGUCCCUGCACCUGCUGUCCGUCCCUUCCAAAGGAGAAGGCUUUGGGCAGAACAGCUCCCUACUGGAGACCGAGGCUGGGCCGCCUGAGGGCCUCCCGUCACACCAGCAGCCCUGUCCUUUGGCCCUCGGUCUGAGUGACAUUAUGUGUAAACUAUGUUCAGAGGUUCCCCAGGAGAUGGGAGGAGUGGGCCCCUCCAAGCACAGCUGUCUUUCUUGGCCCCACAGCAAGCCCUGUUCCCAGAGGGUCCCUGCAGGGGCUGCUCUGCCAGCCUGCGGGUCUGGGCUGGGGCAGCAGUGCUCUGCCAGGCCCGGCUUCGGUUUUCUCAUGCCCUCGUUUGAUGGGCAGCCUCCUGCUUCUGUCGCGGAGAGAGGCCUCUCCUCCCUGCCGACCCUCCUUGGAGAGAGGAGGUUCUCGGCGGUGGCUGGGUGGUGUCCUGACACCCCCAGGCCUGUGAAGGGUGUGGCGCUGAGUCACUGUUUGCCGCUGUCCGGAAAUAACGUGAUGAGAGCAUUGAUCUUGUGCUUUUCAGACUUGGCGAAUCUGCUUCUUGUUUUCCCUUUUCUGGAGUUUCAGGCGAUGACAUAGUUUGAGGCAGUUCACUGGAGGCAUUAAUAAAGGUCCUGAAUUUUACUAUGGUUCUUGUAAUGGUUGCCCUUUGCACCCCCAAAUGCUGUCUUAGGUAAGUGGGCUAGUCUCUGCUAAGGCUUGACUUCCAGCCACCUGUUUGCCCAUGGGCCCUGCUGCCUCUGCUACCCGUCUUCGGCCGAUCCUGCAGCCUGCCCAGGCAACGAUGGUGUACAUAGCGUUAGGCCAGGGCAGGCGCCCUGGCACACAAAUGUUGACACGUUAGAACUCCUCCACGUAGACCCACUGCCAAAGCACAAUGGUGCAUGUCCCCUGCCAGAAGGCCACUUAGAGAAAUGGCACCUUAGAUUUGCAGUAAAAGUUGAAAUGAGUCUGUUUUCCCGUGUGUGUGUGCGUGAGAGAGAGAGAGAGAGAGAGAGAGAGAGAGAGAGAGAGAGAGAGAGAGAACGAGAACGAGAAGCCCAAGGUGGCCCAAUGGCAGAUCUGGAGUGGUUUAUUCCGCCUGUAGCCCAUCUUCUGUGAAAUACAAUGUGCUGCCCGUGUAACAGAUGAUUCAAUAAAUGUCUGCUGCAAA